AUGGUAUACUGUGGUAAACCAAGCAAAGGAUGCGGCGAGUGCAGGUCCAGGAAGGUUCGGUGUGACCAAGCUCAACCGGCCUGUUCACAAUGUACCAGAGCCAAGCGGGACUGCCCCGGAUAUCGGGAUCAACUGGCGCUAAUGUUCCGCGAUGAAAGCAAAUCGGUAGUUCGAAAGGCGAUUGCUGCCUCGACAUAUAAGCAUAAACGAGCGGAGCGGCUACCUCGCACUGCAGUCCCAGAAGGGAAUCCUGUGCGGUCUGAGCUCGAAACCCCAGUGGUGGAUCCGGACUUUGAUUUCAACUCCGAUCCACAGCAUAUCUAUCUUAUGCGACAGCUCGCAAAUUUGAAUUGCCCAUCGGGGAUCCAGCCGUCCUAUGAUGUCGAAAUCGCCAAAUAUGAAGCAAUCUGUUAUUUCCUGCGAUCCAAUGCCCUCCCUGGCAGUUUCUGGACUAGUGAGACGAUCCCCAAUUUUUUGUUGCAGACUGGGGGCCCUGCGAGUCAAAGAGCUAUGCAGGCAUGUGUGGUUGCUACUGCCACGGCCAUGCUCUCGCGAAUAAGACGGAUACCAUCGCUUAGAGAAGUGGCCCACAGGGAGUAUGGAUCCGCUUUGAGAUUGCUUAACGCCGCUCUAGCCGACCCAGAAGAGGCGAAAACAAAUCAAACCCUAGGCGCCGUUAUCUUGCUUUCCAUAUAUGAAGUUGUUACGUCAAGAGCUACGGCAGAUGUCCAUGGCUGGACAAACCAUAUCAAUGGAGCAACAGCCCUGCUUGAUAUACGGGGGAGUGAUCAACUUAAGACCAAUGUCGGUCUCCGCUUGUUUUUGCACCUUCGGUAUCAGAUCAUCGUCAGUUGCUUACAACGAGACGCACGAGUGCCCGAGUCACUACUUGAAUGUACAAAAAUCGUAAUGUUUCUUCAGCCAGCAGAAGCCCACGGCAAUCGUCUGUCCAUGAUAAUUGCCAAGCUAUCGAACCUUCGUGCAGACAUCCGCGCCAAUAUGUACAACGAUGAGCAGCAAAUCAUAUCAGCAGCGUCGGCUAUCGAAGCCGAAUUAAUUGCCUGGCUGGCAGCUCUUCCCCCCGAAUUCAGCUAUACCACCCAUGUAAAAUCCCCCUUCGACUUUGCUUUCCAAAGGCGAUUCCGAGGCAUAUCGCCAUACGACGAUCAAUACCACGUGUAUCCCACCCAAUGGGUCUGCAAUUCAUGGAAUCAAUACCGCAGCGCUCGAAUCAUCGUCAGCGAAAUCAUCCUCUUCCGCGUCCGGAAAAUGUCUGACAGUUCCUCUCUGGCCUCAUUGUCCGAAGAGUUCCAGCUUCACUGCAGGACAUUACGAUUAACGAUCCGGCGGCUGGCCGUGGAGAUCUGUCGUAGUGUUCCUUUUUACUUGAAGGCCUAUGCGGCAGAUAGGGAAGCUAGUCUCCCGCCGCCUGAAAGCUACAUUGGAGGUCUUAUACUUCUCUGGCAUUUGUUUGUGGCUGGAGUGGUUGAGAACCCCCGACAUGGAUUGCGCCGCUGGGUGGUCAAGUGUCUGGAAAUGAUUGGAAACACGAUGGGUAUCGACCAGGCGCUGGCAGUGGCGGAUAUUGUCGCUGCUGAUCCUGGAGUUUUACAUUCUGUGACUGAGGAAGAAGACUGA